AUGAAUAACCUUCCACAUCCCCAGGACCUCCCUGGCCACGGCGGCAACACCGCUUCUUUCAGCAGUGAAGCAUCCUCAAAUUCUGGGCUGCCCGGCCUCAGUCCUGGCCUUACUGGCAACACGUUGUUCGACGGUAACAAUGGCGGCAACAGCACUUCGCCCAAGGAUGGACACGUGGAUCCAGAGAAGCACGAUCCCAUGGCCAGUCGCAUCGAAGGCGGUGUGGAAUACAAGAGCAUGGUCUGGUGGCAAGCUGGAAUGGUCAUGGUCGCCGAAACAAUCUCGCUUGGAAUCCUGUCCCUUCCUAGAGCUAUGGCGGAUCUGGGUAUUGUCCCCGGCUUGAUUUUGCUUGUCUGCCUCGGCGCAAUGGCUUCCUACACCGGCUUCGUCAUCGGCCAGUUUAAGAUGCACCAUCCUCAUAUCCACUCCUUUGCCUGUGCCGGCGAGGUCCUCUUUGGCAAAUGGGGGGGCCGAAUCCUCGGCUGGGGUCAAUUUGCGUUCUAUGUCUUUAUCAUGGGCAGUCACAUCUUGACCUUUUCCAUCAUGAUGAACGCCAUCACCGGACACGGAGCCUGCACUAUCCUCUGGAUGGUGCUCGGCACGAUCCUGAGUCUUCUCUUCACCCUGCCACGGACUCUGAAGCAUCUCUCCUACUACUCCAUCGCGAGUUUCAUCAGCAUUAUUGGUGCUGUCAUGAUCACCAUGGUCGGAGUCUCCAUCACCAAGCCAGGCAUGGUUAACGGAGCCCUCGUCGUCAGAUUCUGGCCCCGACCAGGCCUCAGCUUUCAUGCUGGCUUCAACGCAGUGUCCAACAUGGUCUUCGCGUAUGCCGGUCAUGUCGCUUUCUUCACCUUUAUUUCCGAGCUGAGGAACCCCCGAGACUUCCCCAAGGCUCUUGCAUUCCUCCAGUGUAGCGACAUCUCCAUGUACAUUAUUACUGCGGUCGUGGUGUACUAUUACGCUGGAAACAAUGUGUCCAGCCCAGCCUUGGACAGUGCCAGCACCGUCGUCAAGAAGAUCGCCUACGGGAUCGCCAUUCCUACCAUCGUCAUCGCCGGUGUCGUCAACGCGCACGUCGGCGUCAAGUUCCUCUACGUCAAGCUCUUGCACAAGAGGCAGGACGACCUCAUGCAUCAAAAGGGCUGGGCAUCAUACCGAAUCUGGUUGCUCAUGGUUUCUCUCUCGUGGUUCGGCGCUUGGUUGAUCGCUGAAGCUGUUCCUGUCUUCGGUGACCUGUUGAGCCUUACGUCUGCGCUGUUCGCAUCUUGGUUCACCUUUGGCUUGUCGGGAAUGUUUUGGAUGAACAUGAACAAUGUCCGUGAGUGGCGCAAGUGGACAUUGGGCAAGCGGAUUCUUUUCUUGGUCAAUGUUAUGAACAUCAUUUUCGCGCUCCUCCUGUUCGGAGUCGGCACCUGGGCCAGCGUAUACAGCAUGGUGAGGAACGGAACAACCACCAGGCCAUUCAGUUGUGCGAACAACGCUGGUGGGCAUUGA